AUGAGAAUGUUUAGCUUUCACAGUAGUAAAUCAUAUGUUUUGGAAAAUUUCAUUCAAAAACAAGCUAGGGUACUUAUAGAGGAUGCAGAAAACUACCGUUCCAUACAACAUAAACUUGAUAAGCGUAGUCUGCGCAUGUAUGACCUCUCACACAGUAUGUGUGUCAAUGUGGUUUACCGAACAUCUUUGGUUGUUAUGUUUUUGCUUCCCUUUUUUGAAUGGCCAUCAUCUCUUACUAAGUCAGCAGAUGUAAGACUGAGAUUAAAACUUCCGAAUCCUCCGUGUGGAUUAACAGAAGCCAUAGAACUGAUGUGUUUGGUGGUUCUAGUAGUUCAGUCUUUAAUGCUGUCUGUUGCAUUUGGACGUUCUUGGGUUCGAUCAAAUCCAUGGCUAAUAGGAAAGUAUAUUUUAUUCGUUGUCUAUUUGCUGGAUCUUUUGGUUUCAUUAUCUCUUCGGUGUUCUGAGUUUUACCGUAUCCGUCGACUGAUUCGGCCAUACUUUUUGAUCAGUGGUUCACAGUUAAUGAAGAAAGUUAUAAAGUGUUUCAAAAGGACUCUACCAACACUGUUUAGCCUUUUAUUUCUGCUUAUAUUUUGGUUGGCUUCGGCGACUCUCGUAGCAAUGUGUGUUUUUUCUAAACCAAAACACGAUCUAACAACUGGUGUCAGUGUACCAAAUGUAACAUCAUCAUCAUUCACAGAUUUUUAUUCCACAAUGUUUAACCUUCUUGUUCUUUUGACGACAGCUAAUCAUCCAGACGUUUUGAUUCCUUCAUAUAAUAUUAACAGGGGAACAGCAAUUUUCUCCGUCGUAUUUCUUUCUGUUGGGUUGUACGUCUUUCUGAAUAUCCUUACAGCUGCUGUGUACAGCGAAUUUAGCGGUUAUUUGCUAUCUUCUGUGCAGACGCGUCUGAUGAGGAGACGGGUGGCGACAAGAGCAGCAUUUGAAGUUUUAAAAUCCAAUUAUAAUGGGAGGGAAAUGGUCUGCAGUACUGACAUAAUUCAUUUAAUCGACUCCGUUCAUAUAGACGCUUGGAAAAAAAGAGAAUUACGUCAAGUGUAUAUGGUGAGAUUUGACCAGUCUGAUCUUGAUGCGAAACAAUUUAUGGAAUUAUUUCAAACACUGGAUUUAUUAGGCCCACCGAACUACCACUCAUUUCAGCAGUUACCUGCAAAUCGUUUCGCUCAACUGUUCCAAAAGUGGAUAAUGUCUAGAGGAUUUGAAGUGGUCAGCAUUGGUGUUUCAGUCCUUAAUGUCAUAUUUUUGUGCGUGGAUAUCUCUUACAGCCUUUCAACUGGCGCGUAUCCUGGUAUCGCUAUGCGCACAAUAAGCUGGUGUUUUGUUAUCUUCUAUUCCUUUGAACAAUGUUCUCUUUUAUGGGCCUAUGGGCGUAAAUCAUUUUUCUCGAAAAAGUCCAACAUAUUUGGAUUUACUAUUGUAGUUAUUUUGCUUAUUGCCAAAUUGUCGGAACUAGGACUGUUACUGGCUAGUUUAUCUGGUAAUCACUUCUCACACUUUACCAUGACAAUUUGGGAUGUUGUUCGACUGACAAAUAUCCUGCUACUAUCACGUGCUGCAAGACUGAUGAAUUUAUUCAAGUGGUCACGAUUGGUUGUUAGUGUUUUAGCUGAUCUUCCGAGAAAUCUUAGCCCGGUGCUAGGCAUACUUAUGUCAGCGUUUUACUUCUAUGCUCUACUGGGUAUGAAUCUGUUUUAUAACGUUAUUCAAUAUGACAAUUCAACAAAUAUAUCAAAAGCGGAGAAGACUUAUGAAUGUGGUACAUAUCAGGAGAUGGAGUAUUGGUCUGUGAAUUUUAAUGACUUUGCUGCUAGUCUUGUACUGUUGUGGGAUUUAAUGGUGGUCAAUAAUUGGCAUGUCAUCGUUACAGCUUAUCAGAAAGCACUGAACAGAUGGGUUCAUGUCUACAUGAUCAGUUGGUGGUUAAUUGUUGUUGUUGGAAUUCUCAGCCUAACGACUGCCUUCAUCAUUGAAACAUUUUUAUAUCGUCGUGAUCUCUACACAGAAAUAUUAAUUUAUCAAAACCAACCAACAGAAACACUGAGGAGUGAAACAUUCAACUCAAAUGAACAAAUAUCUUCUCGUCUGAACCAACAUUCCUAUUCAAAUAAUACCGGGGAAUCCAGCAGACAGAAAUCUCGACGUUUAGUAAUCGCAUCAAUGUCGUUUCUUAGACGGCGUUCUUCUACUGAGAUCACUCCGAUGUCAUUGGAUGAGAUAUUUCGCCGAAAACUUCAAGAACCCUCGGAAGAAUCCAUCUUAAACGAAAUCAACUCUCAUCCUUAUUUUCGUGAAGUUAUGGUAUAA